AACUACACUUUAGCGUGACAAUCCCCGCGCUCGUUCCUCCUUUGGCACACCGCGAUUUUUCAUCUCCCUAUCUUCCCUCACUCGGAUUCUCUCCCCUUCUUCCCUUUUUCUCACACUCCAACGUUUUUGUCCAACUACAAAAGCACCACUCCUUCACUUUCAACCCUCUCUCUCCAACGACCACUAGGGCAAACACUCGCACGCAAUGAAACCCGACUUGUACGAAAUCUCUGACGACGAAUGGGAGAACCACUCCUUCAAACCCUCGCGCGUCCUCAAACGACCUCGCACUUCGUCUCCUCCUUCCCCGCCACCUAUCGAGUCCUUCGCUUACACCUCUAAGGUCGACGUUUUAAGCGAAAACGACAGCGAUUGCGUCGAAAUCGCACCGAACGACGCCAAUUUCCUCGAUGACCUCGAGGACGCCGACAUGGACGCUGCUGGCGGCGGUUAUGCGGCGGCCUCGCGAGGCCGGAGGUUCAUCAUCGAUGACGAAGACGAAGACGCUGAGGAGAACGGUGGAAAAGACGGACGCGUGGCGGAAUCGUAUGAGGUGGAGUCCAGCGAGGUGGAAGGAGAAGAAGUUGAAGAGUUGAACGAAAACGAUGUCGUUGGUAGGGCUUUGCAUAAGUGCGCGCGAAUCUCUGCGGAGUUGAAGGGCGAACUCUUCGGCUCGUCGGGGACAGCGUGUGAGAGGUAUUCGGAGGUGGAGUCUUCGUCAGUGAGGAUCGUGACUCAGGAGGAUGUGGAUGUUGCGUGCGCGUCGGAGGAUUCGGAUUUUCAGCCAUUACUAAAGCCGUAUCAGUUGGUUGGUGUCAACUUUUUGCUUCUGCUGUAUCGGAAGGGGAUUGGAGGAGCCAUAUUGGCAGAUGAAAUGGGUCUCGGCAAAACAGUUCAGGCCAUCACAUAUUUAACUUUGUUGAAACGCUUGCACAAUGAUUCUGGUCCACAUCUUAUAGUAUGUCCUGCUUCUGUUUUGGAAAACUGGGAAAGGGAACUAAAAAGAUGGUGUCCGUACUUUUCUGUUCUUCAAUAUCAUGGCGCUGGACGUGCAGCAUACUGCAAGGAGUUGAACUCUUUGUCCAAGGCACGAUUGCCUCCUCCAUUUAAUGUUCUUCUUGUGUGUUAUUCACUUUUCGAGCGUCACAGUGCACAGCAGAAAGAUGAUCGGAAAAUUCUGAAGCGAUGGAGAUGGAGCUGUGUGUUGAUGGAUGAGGCACAUGCUUUGAAGGACAAAAAUAGCUUUAGGUGGAAAAAUCUGAUGUCUGUUGCACGAAAUGCGAACCAACGCUUGAUGUUGACUGGGACACCACUUCAAAAUGAUCUGCAUGAAUUAUGGUCAUUGUUGGAGUUUCUGAUGCCUGAUAUUUUUGCUUCUGAAGACGUUGACCUAAAAAAGUUACUAAAUGCAGAAGAUAGAGAUUUAAUUGGUCGGAUGAAGUCCAUCUUAGGGCCAUUUAUUUUGCGGCGUCUGAAAUCUGAUGUGAUGCAACAACUUGUUCCAAAAAUACAGCAAGUUGAAUAUGUUAUAAUGGAAAGGCAGCAGGAAUCUGCUUACAAGGAAGCCAUUGAAGAGUAUCGUGCAGUUUCACAAGCUCGGAUGGCAAAAUGUUCUGAGCUUAAUUCAAAAAAUUUACUAGCAGUGCUUCCCCGACGACAGAUAAAUAACUAUUUCGUUCAGUUCCGCAAGAUAGCAAAUCAUCCCUUGUUAAUAAGGCGAAUCUACAAUGAUGAGGAUGUCAUUCGCUUUGCUAGGAAGCUACAUCCAAUAGGUGCUUUUGGUUUUGAAUGUACUUUGGACAGAGUUAUAGAGGAACUUAAAAAUUACAACGACUUUUCUAUUCACCGGCUUUUACUUCAUUAUGGUGUCAAUGAUAGGAAGGGGGUCCUUUCGGAUAAGCAUGUUAUGCUUUCUGCAAAAUGUCGGGCCUUAGAAGAACUUCUUCCUUCACUAAAGAAGGAUGGCCAUCGAGCCUUGAUCUUUAGUCAAUGGACCUCAAUGCUUGACAUUUUGGAGUGGAGUUUGGAUGUCAUUGGAUUGACCUAUAGACGGCUAGAUGGAAGUACACAGGUAGCGGAGAGGCAAACAAUAGUUGAUACGUUCAAUAACGAUACUUCAAUAUUUGCAUGCUUACUUUCCACGAGAGCUGGUGGACAGGGCCUAAACUUAACAGGAGCUGAUACAGUUGUAAUUCAUGACAUGGAUUUUAACCCACAGAUUGAUAGGCAAGCUGAAGAUCGUUGCCAUCGAAUUGGUCAAACAAAGCCUGUAACCAUAUAUCGGCUAGUGACCAAGGGAACAGUUGAUGAAAAUGUCUAUGAGAUUGCAAAAAGAAAGCUAGUAUUAGACGCUGCCGUUCUCGAGUCCAUGGAGGAGAUUAAUGAAGGUGACAUGCCCGAGAAGACCAUGGGAGAGAUAUUGUCUGCUAUUUUAUUGAGUUAAAAUUUUGAGCUAAGGAAAACACAGUUUAAUUUAUCUUUACUCCUUUCCUAUAGCUCCGAUCUUGAAUUAAUCUGUUGAUCUGGGGUAGAAGAAAACUGCCCGCCCUACAAAUUGGUUAAGAAUGCGAUAACCAGUGUUGGUGUACAUUAGUCUUUAUGUUAAAGUGUUGAUGACAGUGAAUAGUUUAGUUAGAAUCAAUAGGAUAAUUAGUUUAAAAGUCAUGGUAGAGAUAGCAAAUUUGUUCAACAUUAUUCCGGAAGCCCUAAUGAAGAAAGCUCUUACACUGCAUUUUAAA